CGUAGUGUCCCGUAUAAUCACGAUACAUCAACACAAGUCACGGCUUGAAUUCGAAUGAUCGCCACAGUUUGAUCCUAUAUGUUUCGAGUAUCUCUGUCUCGAAUUGCUACCGGAAGAUGGAGAAACCAGAUUGAGACUGCAACUGCAUGCAUAACUUGGAAUUGCAGUUGGUCAAAAUUGAUUGGUAAUAAUCUGUCCACCAAUCGCGCAGAAAGAGAGAGUUUUGUGAAAGGAAGAGAGAGCAGUGGAGUUGGCUUCAAGAGCUUGGGUGUACAUAGAGAGUUUGUGACGAAAUUGUGUGAGCGUGGUAUCGUUCAAGCAACUCAAAUUCAACAACUUGCUCUUCCUGUUGUGUCUAAACAAAAGAAUGCUAUUAUUCAUUCUGAAACAGGCAGUGGGAAAACACUAGCUUUUCUUCUGCCAGCACUUCAAGAUGACUCUAAGCAGCCACUUUCUACGGUCAUCAUUGUACCAACCAGAGAGCUGGCGUCACAACUGCUGAGAGAAGCAAAACUGCUCUCAAGGGAUACGACGUCUGUUCCUGCUGCUGUAGCUCUUGUCAGUGGAGUAGAUGAACAUGAACAAUAUAAAACUUUGCUUUCUGGUACACCAGGCAUUGUGAUUGGUACACCGAAAAGACUAAUGUCUGUGAUAGAUCGACACAGUGACCUGUUUGUUAAUACCAAACGGAUUAUUAUUGAUGAAGUUGAUAAAGUGGUUAGUCCGCUUAAACAACGUGCUGGAUGGAGGAAAAAGCAAUCGCGUCAAUGGCAUCCAAGACCUGGGACUGAGGUUGCACAACUUAUUCGACGAGUUAGUCAAGCUCAUAAACUGCACUUUGUCUCUGCAACAGCGACAAUCAGCCGUGGUCUAGUAGACGAACUUCGGCAGAUUGGGUUUGAAAAAUUGCACAUCAUUUCAUCUUUAGAUCGAAAUAUAGUUCCUAGCUGUAUCUCUCAUCAGUACAGUUUUAGUGUGGAAAACUCGGAACACGGUAGAAUCAACACGUUGUACAACUUGUUUGAGACAUCUGGUUGUAAGUCUGCUCUGGUCUUUGUUCAUCGAGGGUCUUCUGUUGAUCAGUUUGUUUCUGAUCUUCAACGGCUCGGUAUCCGAGCUGUUGCUUUAUGGAGGAAGGCAGCUCAUCCAGACUCGGCUGAUUUCCAAACGUUUAUUGAGGAUUUCAAGAGUGGAGAGAUUGAAAUAGUCGUUGCUAACGAGGAGACCGUCCGUGGCCUUGACUUUCAUUGGUUAACUCAAGCUUACCUGAUGGAUGUCCCACGCACGGUGGACGAAUACCUUCACAUGUGUGGUCGUGUUGGAAGACAAGGUCUUAAAGGGAACGCAACAACUGUAAUUAGCAAUAAACAUAAGGAUCUCGUAAGGCAGUUGAGGUUCUAUCAAAGACUUGGUGUAACUGGUGAGGAAAUCAAGUGGGAUUGCAAUUCAGGAGUAGCAUAGCAAGGAAAUCACACUUCCAGGACAAAAACGGUAAAUGCAAUAAGUUAGACAUAUAGACUUAAGCAACCUCUUUGUGGCAAGUAGUCAGUAAUUACACUGUGAUGAUCCCAUUGGUUCUGUUCAUAGAAUAAAGGUCAUCGCACAAACCGGUUUCCAAACUAAUACUAACAGCCAAUUAUAGUUGAAGGUCAUGAUCAUCAAGUGUAUUACAUACUCUGUACUCCUUGUUCACACUGUGUAUCGUAUGUUGAGUAUCUUUAUGUUCAUAUCUGACCAAUACGUUACAUAGCAACGAUCUACUAAUUAUUAUAAGUCCUUGUCAAUCGAGGGCGGGCCACAUCAUGAAGUUGUUUGAUUGUACAGACAUGUUGGUUGUGUGCUCGUUUGUAGUAAAUUGUUUGGUUGUCAA